AUGCUGCACCUCCUUGUAUUACUAGCUGCUGUUUUUCCAGGCAGAAAUAACGAAGUUGGUUUUGAGGAACCUGUCUCCUUCCAAUUCAUUCAAAUCUCAUCAUUUUACAACCGUUCCUGGGAACAGAAUCUGGGCUCAGGUUGGUUGGGUGAGUGGGAGACCCAUCGCUGGGAGAGCAACUCUGGCUCUAUAGUUUUCCUGCGGCCUUGGUCCAGGGGCAACUUCAGCAAAGAGGAGUUUAUGGACCUGGAAGUAUUCCUCCGUUCACACCUCAGCAGGUUUACCAGGGAGAGUCACAAGCAUGCCAAUCGAUUGGAUUUUGAGUAUCCCUUUGUGCUGCAGGUGGUGGCAGGCUGUGAGCUGCACUCUGGAUGGGAUUCAGCAGGUUUCUUACGUGAAGCUUAUCAAGGGUCAGAUUUCCUGGCCUUCCAGAACAAUUCAUGGUUGCCAUCUCCACGGGGUGGAAGUAGAGCCCAGUACAUCUGCAGAUUGCUCAAUUUGUAUGACAGUAUCAAGAAAACGGUGCUCAGGCAUCUCAGUGACACCUGUCCACGUCUCACCCUGGGACUUCUUGAUGCAGGCAAGGCUGACCUGCACCGGCAAGUAAGGCCUGAGGUCUUGCUGUCCAUGGGGCCCAGUCUUGGGCCUGGACAUCUGCUGCUGGUGUGCCGUGUCUUUGGUUUCUAUCCAAAGCCUGUGCGGGCAAUGUGGAUGCGGGAUAACCAGGAACUGGUGGACAGUCAACAAGGAGAUGUCCUUCCCAAUGCUGAUGGAACAUGGUAUCUUCGAGUAACCCUGCAUGUAGCAGCUGAAGAGUUGUCUGGCUUCUCUUGUUGGGUGAACCACAGCAGUUUGGAAGGCCAAGACAUUAUUCUCUACUGGGAGCACCACAACUCUAUCAGCUCCCCUCUCCUGGCAUUGUUAGUGCUGCUGGCUCUUCUGAUGGGUCUCAUGUUUUGGAUUAGGAAGCAUCGGUGA